CUUUCUGCUGAAAAUGUGCCCGAACACCGAGCCUGUGGGCUCACUUGGCCUGUAUCUGUUCGUAUCUCGACGACCAAAUACGGGAAUUCCGGCAUUUGCGUCAGAACACAGCAUUGCCUAUUCCAGCGUUGACUUGAUCCACGCAAACUGCGCCUAUCUCAACAGCAUCCAGGAUUCGCCAUCCUAUAUCAUUCUCAAAGGAUAUUGAGAGUUCCCAGACGGCACAAAGCUGUGACCAUGACGGUCCCGCCAGUCCACUUCUUCUCCCAUGGUUCAACCAUGAUGCUGGGCGAAGAAACGCGCUCAGCAGACUAUUGGAAAGCCUGUGGCGACGAAGCACUCCGCCACGGCAUCAAAGGCAUCAUCAUGAUGGGCGCCCAUUGGGACGCACGGGGCGUGAACCGUAUUGAUGUAGCAACGAACCCCCAACCCAAUAAAUCCCCGGUCGCCUACGUGCACCCCAGCAAAUACGUCGACUACAAGCUGGUCCCCGACCUGCCCACGGGCAAGAAAUGCAUCGCAGCGCUCCGAGACAAGGGCAUCGAUGCGCGCCCAAACGACAAGUUCGAUUGGAUCCACGACACGUAUCUCAUCCUGAUCCGGAUGUUUCCCUCCAAGUGUCCGCCGACAACAAUCAUCAGCAUGAACGGGCGCUUCGAUCCGCACCUGCAUGCGCGUGUGGGUAGCAUCGUCGCGCCGUUCCGCGAAGAAGGGUACCUCAUUAUCGGCACCGGCGGCGCGGUGCACAAUCUGUACCGCAAUCACUGGGGCCAGAUGCUUAAAUACUCGGACAACCUGGCCCAGCCGUAUCCGCCCGAGGCAGCGAUGCUCGAGUUUCGGCAGAGCGUGGAAGAUGUGUUUGUUAGGAGCUGCAGGAAGGGCGCGCCGAAGGGAGCUGUCACGAGGGGGGUGACGAGGCUGAUGAAGCACCCAAUGUACAGAGAUGCGCAUGCGACAGAUGAUCACUUUAUGGCUGCGUGCUUCGUUGCUGGCGUGGUGGACGCGAGUCCGAGGCGUGGAGAGGAGUGUGUGCUUGGGGCUGAGGAUUGGGAGUUGGUCAACAUGUGCAACAGUCAGUUUACGGUUGGACGGUGGGCUCAGAAGGCUUGAAUGUUUGAGUGCAUCUGGCGUUUGUUUUCGCUACUAUAACUACCAUACGUCGGUUCUCGUCUUUUUCGGAAGAUUCGAUGGACUGCAGUUAUUAGAUCACAUCGAGCCGCUGGAGGAACGCGUAUUACAAACCAGAGCUGUAUUUCAACCAGCCUGUCCAACUAGUCGUAGUACAGACAUACGGCUACAGGACACGGCUGUGUGUUGCAGGAAGUAAGAGUAAAUAGCUGAUACAAUGGCUGUACGUGCAGUUGGACACG